AUGGCCACCCUAACACCAACCCAAGUCCAAAUCAUCAAGAGCACCGUCCCGGUACUCGCAGAACACGGAACGGCAAUAACCACUCAAUUCUACCACGACAUGCUUCAAGCCCACCCGGAACUCAAAAACAUCUUCAACAACACCCACCAAGCCACGGGCCACCAAGCCCAAGCCCUCGCCGGGUCCCUGUACGCCUACGCCGCCAACAUCGACAACCUGGGCAAGCUGAAUCCCGCGGUUGAACUCAUCUGCCACAAGCACGCCAGCCUCUUUAUCCGCGCCGAUCAAUACUCCAUUGUCGGGCAGCACCUCUUGUCCACCAUGGCGAGCGUGCUCGGCGCCGCCGCAACCCCCGAGAUCCUGGAUGCGUGGGGCGCCGCGUACUGGCAGCUCGCCAACCUCAUGAUUAGCAAGGAGACGCAGCUGUACCGCUCGACGGCCUACUGGCCGUCAUGGGUCGACUUUCGGGUUGCCAAGAAGAUACGGGAGAGUGAGGAGAUUACGUCGUUCUAUCUCGAACCGGUGGAUGCUGCGAAGCUCAAGUUGCCGCGGUUCAGGCCGGGGCAGUAUGUCUCGGUUAGGGUGUUUGUCGAGGAGUUGGAUGGGGGUGUGUGGCAGGCUAGACAGUACAGUUUGAGUGAUGCACCGGGAAAGAGUUAUUUGCGCAUCACUGUCAAGAGGGAAGCUGGUGUGGUGCUUGGGGAGACAAAGGACAUGUCGCAUGUGGGGUACAUUUCGAACCUGCUGCACGACGCAAAGCACGAGGGCGAUGUGGUGCAGGUGUCGCAUCCGUUUGGAGAUUUCCAUCUUGUGGAUUCCGGGGAAGCGGGUCAUGACGACAAUUCAGCAAGUCCAGCGGUGCUCAUCUCAGCGGGCGUCGGGGUGACUGCGCUCAUGUCCAUGUUGAAUUUUUUGAUUGACGAGGAAGAUUCAGCUCGGCCUAUUACUUGGAUCCAGGGUGCGCGCAACUCGCAGACCAGGGCCUUCAAGAAGCACAUGGACCAGUGUGUUGCGAACCAUGGGAACGUGCAUGCCGUCUACUACCUGUCACGCCCAAGCCAAGAGGAUAUGCAGGGCCACGACUAUGAUAUCAAAGGCCGUGUGGAUCUCGAUCGCGUCGACAGGACAAUUCUCCACACGGACAAUAGCAGCACAGUAUACUACUGCUGCGGACCCACAUCGUUCAUGCUCGACGUUGAGGCCCAGUUGAAGAGCUAUGGCGUUCCCAGUGAGCGGGUGAAGAUGGAGUUGUUCGGUACUGGUGGAGUUCCUAGGACCUGA